AUGGCGACCACCAAGCCAGACGAUAUCAAUGUCCAGGAGAAGGAUAUCCAUGAGAAGGAACCCCAAACCGGAUCUGGUUCGGAUUCCGAUGCCGAUUCCCAAAUCAAUGUUCUGCGAGCGGCUGGCAUAGGCAUUGCCGAAGAUGAUCCCACAGAGCCCAUUCUUACUCUCCGUAUGUGGGUGAUUGGAAUCUUCUUCUGCAUUGUCGUAUGCGGCCUCAACACCCUCUAUACCCUGCGCACCCCCUCUUUGACAAUUUCUGGCUCCGUCGUUCUUUUGCUGGCCUAUCCGCUCGGAAAGCUAUGGGAGAAGAUCAUCCCUGACUGGACUGUUCCGUUGGGAGCUUGGUCUUUCCCAUUAAACCCGGGCUCGUUCAAUACAAAGGAACACACUUUGAUCUAUAUCAUGUCCAACCUGAGUAUCUAUGUGCGUCUAGGUGCCGAUGUGUUGACCGAACAGCAAAUGUUCUAUGGGUACAAGGCCGGAUGGGGAUUUCAGAUUCUGAUCACACUUACUACUUUCCUGAUCGGAUUCUGUCUUGCUGGUCUGUUUAGAUCUAUUGUCGUCGUCCCCAAGGAAUUGAUCUGGCCUGGAGUGCUGAGUGUCACCGCUUUGACGACCACGCUCCACCACAUUAGCCAGGAUCAGGUGCAAUCCCGUUACAAUACUUGGAAAAUGUCCCGCUAUGCCUUCUUCACGAUGGUCUGCUGCAUAUCGUUCUGCUGGUAUUGGUUCCCUGACUUUAUCUUCCCAGCGCUCAGCACCUUCAAUUUCCCAUGCUGGAUCAAGCCAAAGAAUAAGGUUGUCAAUCAGAUCUUCGGCAUGAGUUCGGGAAUGGGACUUCUUCCCAUCACCUUUGAUUGGAGCCAAGUGUCAUAUGUCGGAUCCCCUCUUCUGAUCCCAUCUUGGGCCAUCAUCAAUGUAGCUGUUUCUCUCGUCUUCUGGAUUUGGAUCGUAGCCGUUGCAUGCUACUAUACCAAUGUUUGGUACACAGGCUACUUGCCCUUCCAGAGCUCCAAAGUAUUUGACAACACUGGAAAUGUGUACAAGGUCAAGAAGAUUGUGAACGCGGCCUCGGGCUAUAAGCUUGACGUCAAGAAGUAUCUGGCGUACUCACCGGUAUACAUGCCGAUUACCUAUGCAUUGAACAUGUUUGGACUGUCAUUCGCGACCCUGAGCUCUCUUCUCGUCUGGGUCGCUCUCGAAAAGCGCCAUGUCAUGGCCGAUGCAUGCAGGCGUGUCCCGGUGCUCGUGAUGGAAUCUCUCCCUGGUCGUUCAAGAGCGUAUAGCGAGGAUGACCGUGGUGAUCCCGAUGUACCUGUCUGGUGGUACCUGGUCUGCUGCAUUGUGGCCUUGUUUAUGGCCAUAUUUGCGGUCGAGUGGUGGGACGUGGAGUUGAGGUGGUAUGGUGUCCUGCUGGCAUGCCUUGUCGCGCUCGUGUUCUACCCUCCACUUGCCCUAGUUUAUGCCACUGCCAACCUCAAGAUCAAUAUCGACAUUUUCUGUCGCAUCGUUGCUGGCUUCGUUUUCGAGGGCAAGGUUCUUGCUAACAUCUGGUUCUUCGAUAUCGGAUACAUUACCACGAUCAAGGGUCUUUACUUCGCCCAAGACAUGAAAUUGGCCUAUUACUGCCAUAUCCCACAACGGAAAUUAUUCCUGGUGCAAUGUGUCGGCAUGGUCGUGGGCACACUUUCCUCCCUCGGCGUCCUCAACUGGGCCCUCAACCACAUCACCGGCGUUUGCACCACCGACGCAGUCAACGGCUUCAGCUGCCCCUUCUCUCGCACACACUUCAACACCUCUCUGAUCUGGGGUGCUAUCGGCCCACGACGCUACUUCUCAAACCACAUCGGAUACUCUGCCUUGUUGUACUUCUUCAUCAUUGGCGCCAUCCUACCCAUUCCCGUCUACAUCCUUGGUCGCCGCUACCCCAAGUCGCUCUGGAAGAAGAUCCACAUUCCCCUGUUCAUUGGUGGUCUCAACUACCUGCCACCCGCGACCGGUAUGAACUAUGGGAGUUGGGCGGUCGUUGGUCUCGUUUUUGGUGUCCUUAUUCGCAACCGCCUGCGUGGCUGGUGGAACAAGUACAACUUUGUACUCAGCUCUGCGAUGGACUCGUCGGUCGGCAUUGCGGGUGUGCUGAUCUUCUUGACUAUUUUCUUCACGGGGGCGAGUAAGCACUUCAGUUGGUGGGGAACGGAGGUUCACAAGAACACUUGCGACUUCGAGGGAUGCACCCAUUUGACUGUUCCAAAGGGCCACAAGUUUGGUAUUUAG